UUUAUUUUUAAAUCGAGAAAUUAGGGGUUUGAUAAUCAUGAAGGUGUUGAAAGAGAAGAAGCUUCAAGAGAGUUCCAGCAAGAUGAGAUGUUAUCAGGUUCGAUUCCAUUCUUUCCUUAACCCACAUCUUUUCUCCUUCUUUGAUUCCAUCUCUCCAAUUUCAAACCAAUUCCUUAUUAGGGUUUCCUCUUUACCAAUAAUAAAUUCAUUUUCCGUUGUUCAACAGCGAUUCAGGUUGAAACCGGAGUCAUGA